UGGCCUUUACAUAGAUAGAUCGUGUCAAUCACACGUGGCUAAAAUUAAUUCAAUUCACUCUACGUGGCACUAUAAGAAGCGAAAGAUCCAGAGUUUAUUUUAACAAAUCUUAAAAGACAACUAUAAAUUCCUCAUCUUUUAUGCACUCUCAUCACUCAAUAAAGAGAAGCAACGCACACAGUGUGUGUGAAAUGGAUCAAUUGAAGCCAAGUGCCGCGAACUCAAGUCCUCUUACUCCUCUGGGCUUCCUCGACAGAGCUGCUACAGUGUACGGCGAGUGCACGUCCAUUGUGUACAAUGAGAAAACUUACACGUGGUCGGAAACCCACCGUCGAUGCCUCCGAGUUGCUUCAUCAAUCUCAUCCCUCGGCAUCAAAAGAGGCCACGUGGUGUCGGUGGUGGCCCCCAAUGUCCCCGCCAUGUACGAGCUCCAUUUCGCCGUGCCCAUGGCCGGAGCGAUCCUCCACACGGUCAACACCCGCCUCGACGCCCGCACCGUCUCCAUACUCCUCCGCCACAGCGAAUCAAAGCUCGUCUUCGUCGAUUAUCUCUCAAUCUCUCUAGUCCUUGAAGCACUCAAUAUCUUCCCGCCAAACACACGUCGUCCUACUCUCGUCCUCAUCACUGACGAUGAAGCUCCAUCACAAAUCACCGUUGAUUUUCAUGCAACGUACGAGAGUUUGGUUGAUGGAGGUGAUCCUGAGUUUAAGUGGGUCCGACCCAAUGGCGAGUGGGACCCAAUUGUGUUGAACUACACAUCGGGAACCACCUCGUCUCCAAAAGGGGUGGUCCAUUGCCACCGUGGAAUUUUCAUCAUCACUGUUGAUACUCUGAUCGACUGGUCAGUACCCAAGCAAGCGGUCUACUUGUGGACCCUACCCAUGUUCCACGCCAAUGGGUGGUGCUUCACGUGGGGAAUCGCCGCCGUUGGCGGCACUAACAUCUGCCUCCGCAAAUUCGACGCGCCGUUCAUCUACAACUCUUUACGGCGGCACAAAGUGACUCACAUGUGCGGUGCUCCUAUUGUGAUGAACAUGUUAUCCAACUCCCACGACGGCGAGCCCUUGAAAAACCCGGUUCACAUUCUCAGCGCCGGAGCGCCGCCGCCUGCGGCGGUGCUGUUUCGGACUGAAUCGUUGGGUUUUAUAGUGAGUCACGGGUACGGGUUGACGGAAACUGCUGGUGUAGUGGUGUCGUGCGCGUGGAAGCCGCAGUGGAAUCGGCUUCCGGGGACGGAGAGGGCGAGGCUGAAGGCGAGACAGGGAGUGAGGACACUCGGGAUGAGUGAGUUGGACGUGAUCGACCCCGAGUCAGGAGUGAGUGUGACUCGGGACGGGUCAACAGUGGGUGAGAUAGUACUACGCGGUGGAUGUAUCAUGCUGGGUUAUCUCAAAGACCCAGAAGGGACCUCCAAAUCGAUGGGAAACAAUGGUUGGUUCUACACCGGGGAUGUUGGAGUGAUGCACCCAGAUGGGUAUAUAGAAAUCAAAGACCGGUCGAAGGAUGUAAUCAUCAGCGGCGGCGAGAAUGUGAGCAGCGUGGAGGUGGAAUCGGUUCUGUAUACGCACCCGGCGGUGAAUGAAGCGGCGGUGGUGGCGCGGCCCGACGAAUUUUGGGGCGAAACGGUGUGUGCUUUCAUUAGUUUGAAGGCUGAGACGACGGCAGCAAAGAAGCCGACGGAGAACGAGGUGAUGGAGUUCUGCAGGGCGAGAUUGCCGCACUACAUGGUGCCGAAGACGGUGGUGUUGAAGGAAGAGCUGCCAAAGACGUCGACCGGAAAGAUUCAGAAGUUCGAGCUGAGACAGAUCGCCAAGAAAAUGGGGUCGUCGAGGACGAGUCGGAUGUAGCGGAGUGGAGUUGUCGACUCCGAGUUUAGCACCAGUGCGCCGUCAAAUAGUACGUACUCCGGAGAGUUUGGAACGCCCAAUAUACGAAUUUUUAAGAUAUUUUUAUAGUUAUUUUGUAUUUUAAUUAAAUAUUUAAAAAUUAUAAUAAAAAAAUAUUAUUAAAUUUUAAAAUUAUUAUAAGAAAGAAAAUUUUAUAACUAAUAAAAUAAACUGUUUGUAAUCCAAUUAAGACUUUAUGGUUUUUAAAUACUUUUUAUAAACGAUUUGUAAUCCAA